AUGUUCGCAUUAGUUCCCUCUGAUCCGGAGUUCUCUCAUGAGAGUUUCCUCCGAGAUAUACCUGAAGGUCUCGGUGUGGGGUCUGAUCCUUUUAAUGAUAAUGCUAGGCAGCAUCGCCGAGGGGACUAUGAUGCUCAGCUGGUGGAAAGAUUCCGAGCAUGGAAAAACAAGGUGGAAACACAAUGCGGCAUUCCUAUGAUACCAGUACGAGUCGAUCGGCCCGGCCCAGAUGCGAGGUCUAGGGGUUCCGGGGGCAGUAGCAACACUUGUAGCUUUGGUGCAUAUGCUACGAUGUCGGUUCGAGUGAAUGUACGGAAUAGUCAUCUCUUCAUGCCCAACGACUCUACGAAUGGAUGCUGGGGAGGUCUUGAUGAGAAGAAGGAGUUGUGCAGAGAUUGGCUACAACUGAACUUUGAUGAGAGCUUCCAACCCCCGAGGUUGUUCCUGAUGUCCAUUGACUGGGUCACUUGUCAUGCCAACUACGUGGUGCAGAUAGUGGACAAGCUGGCUCAGUGUGCUGCGGAGGAGGGGUUCACUCUGGUGGAGUUGCCAGUAGCUCAGCUAUUCCCUCAACCGGUGCCUUCACCGUUGUGGAAUGAAGAUCGAGAGUUAUGCUUUCAUCGACUGCCUUUUAAUCGCCGCAUAACAAUGCGGUUUCCUCUCGAUGUAGCUUCUAGCACGACCACGCUCUUCCAUAAGAAGCUCCUCUAUGAUCUAUGCACUGGAUUGGACCUAUUAGUCUGCUUUUUCUGCGAGGACAGAGGACUCAAGGAGGUAGCUGUUGACACGGAUGAGAAUGGGCAUGAGGCUAAACAGCAAGACCGCAGAGUGAGGCAACUCGACAGUCGCCUUACUGGCUGGACCACUAUGAAUCGUGACGGCACUUUCUUUGUGGCGAUCCGCCCUGGCAGACUAGACUGGUAUGAGAACUACCUCACAGCUCACGAGGCCGGCGCCCUCUCGUUGAAGCGGAUCCGAGAACGUGGUCGAGCUAGCGUAACCCAGCGCGAACGGAUUUUUGCCAAAAUGAGGAGCAUCGUUCAUACUGACAUAGUGCGCUUCCGCGAGGAGAAGGAGAGGGCCUUCUCAACACAAUCCGAGGAUGGUGAUCUUGUGGUUCGUCGUACUGCUAGUUUGCCUAAAUAG